UAUAACGGCACCAGAAAAAUCCUUUGCCGCGUCCCCCGCAAGUUCCACAGCCGACGACGACAUGGCCGCCAAGCAGAAAGACCUCAUCGGACGCCCUCUCGUUCCAUACUUCACGGACAAAGGACAUGUUAAUGCUUCUCUACAGAUAUCCAGGGACAUGGCUCACGAACCCAUGGAGGUAGAUGCGCGAGUCUGGAACGCAUCCCAGGGUUAUUUUGAGUACCCAGACGAGCAACCACCACACUCUCCUCCUCCGCACGCAUCAUCAUCCUCCGUCCCAAAAGCAAAGGCCGGUGGCCUCUUGUUGACACCGCAACGCUUGGGAACUUCGAUCAAGGAAGUGCGCGGCCAGUCGCGAGAAAAGACGCCGCCGCCAGCACCAAUUGUUGCCGCUUCCCCUUCGACCGCUUCGCCUGAUCAACCUGCUCCGUCAAAGAAGAAGGGCAAGAAAUCUAGCCCAAACAACGACAAGCAGACUAAGAACAGCAAGGCAUCCGCCUCUGCCCCGGCAUCGAAGUGGGCAUGGUCUGCUUUUCAAAACUCGCCCGACCCCAAGUCGUUGCCAAUUCCACCGUUUCUGUCGCCGCAGAUCUUGUCGCAUGAACCUGAACCGACGCCUCGCAUGGCGCCCCUGAAUCUGAACGUGAUGGACAAGAAGCCGCCUCCGCCUUCCAAACCGCCCAACCCCCAAGUGACGAUCUUGCAGCGACCGAAACCGAGCGAAGAGCAGAUGACCCAGCAACUGCGCAAGAUGCUCAACAUCGGAGGAAGCGAUGGGUAGAGAGGGAUGGGCAUGAGAACGUCUGCUUGGGUGCGCUCUCGUGGGUUCCGCAUGGUCGUCGUGAUCAGGAUGUGUUGUAAGCACGAAGAAGCGCCGUCUGGAAUUGCAUCUGAUUUCCCUCUCUUUACGCACUGCCUGGUCGAUGGCUGUUCUUUAUUCCGAGUUCAUUUACUUGACGUGUCACGUUGUAUGGUUGCAACGUCAGGAAUUAUUUAAAAUGGAUAAAUGAACCAUCGUCUCCCUCGCUAUAGCGGCAUCACAAUGAUCGGUCACGAAGACGGAAAG